AUGAGUGUGGUUAACGGUGCCCCACAGGGGGUACCGAUGGAAACACAAAAUGGCGGAACGCAGAAAAAAAAGUUUGCCACGCAGAUAAAUUCGCAAACGAAGAAUGUAGAGUACGUUUACAAACAAAGCGACAGUGGACCUUUCAAGGUCAUGUUGGAAAAAAUGGUUGAAGACAACGAGAAGCUGGGCAUCAACAAAAUAUCGAUCGGAGCAGUGCUGAAACAAAAUGAUUUCGCCCAAUAUUUUCUGGACAUCAAGAAAGUUGGCCGUACCAGAGUACUGGUAUACAUGUCUGAGUGGCAGGAAGCAAACCGACUGCUCAAAUGUCAAAAUUCAAAACUGAAAAGAUUAGUGGCAUUCAUCCCGAGAAGCUUCGUGACACUGAAGGGAGUAAUUUCGGACAUUCCGUUGAACAUGGAUAUCGAAGAAGUGAUCAACGAAAUGGAGACGAACCUAGAAGUGGAAGAGGCUUUCCGUAUGAUGCGAACAGCAAAAGAUGGUAAAAAAUUUCCAAUUAUGAAAAUCGGAGUCGUUUUUCGUAGUAAUAAACUACCGCAGUACGUCAGAAUUUUUUCUAUCAACAUGAAAGUAGUCCCGUAUGCAGCGAGAGUCGUUAUGUGUUAUGAGUGCCUGCGUUACGGGCAUAUAGCAAAAAGUUGCAAGGGCAAGAAACGUUGUCUGAAUUGCGGGGGCAAUCAUGACACAAAAGAGGAGCAUGAUCAAUGCAGCAGAAAAUCUAUGUGUGUACACUGUAAGGGUGAACAUAGGUCGUCAGAUACCAACUGUCCCGAACGGGAGAAGCAGGAAAACAUAAAAAAACUAAUGGCAUUCAGGAACCUUAAAUACCAAGAAGCACGCGAAAAAGCUACAAUGAAAGUCCAAAACAGCUUCAGCUUGCUGAGUACUGAGGACGAAUUUCCAUCAGUGUACGAAAGCUACGCUCAAGCGGUGAAGGACAAGCUAGAGCAGUCAGUAGUGAACAAGGUACCACGAGCAGUACAAAGGAAAACUGGAACAGGAAAUAAAAAGGAUAAAAAGCAGCAACUUGAAGAAAGAAAAGAAGAAGAACGAGGAGACGAAGAAAGCGAUGAAGUCAAGUUAGUCAGAAACAAGAAAAGGAAAGUGGUCAACAUAACCAACAAUGAAGAAGAGGAAGGACAAAAAAUCUCGAUGCAGAAGCACUUGGAGCUGCGAAAGCGUUGGGAUGCCAAGAUGAAAGAACUGGCAGUACAACGUGAAGAACUGAAAAGUAAAAUUAACGAGUCUUAUAACAAACUGUACUUGGCUAUCUCCGCGAAAGACGGGGGAAACCAUCAAACGCUGCUAGAUAUUCUCAACUGCCUGGGACAAUCGCUUGGUUUCAAUGCAGAAAAAUCCGAGAGGCUUCGCAAACAGCGUGAAAAGGUCGAGGAGGACGAAAAACACUAUCGCGAGCUAAAAAUCGCCGACGAAGUAAAACGUAAAGAGCUUAUUCAAAAAGCUGAAGAAAUUAUCCAAAAGGAUAAGGAAGGACCCAGGGUGCUAGAAAGUGCAGCAAAAUUCAGUGAGGUGCUGAAAACUCGUGAGCAUCAGCGUAAGUUCAGAGCAGAGCAGGAAGCGCAGCAGGAGUUGCGUCGUAAACAGCUUGAUCAACAGGAUAUCACACAAGCGAACCGAUGGAUUGAGUCGCAGGUGGAACGACAUUUGCCGGAUUUAAUACGACAAAUGGAUGACCGUAAGAGAUUUGAUAAUUAUAAAAAGGAGCUCGAAGACAAAAUUUUAAUGGAUAGAGAAAAGCAGAGGCAGGCCCGAAAUUAUCUAAUAGAGCAGGAACGUAGACAACAUUCAGCUUUGGAAGAGGAAGUCCGUAGACAGGUAGAGAAAGAGAAGAAAUUUUUAGAAAGAAACAAGGAAAUGAAGCGCCAACAUGCACUAGAAGCAAUGAGAAUGGUACAAGAGCGUGAGCAAAGGUUGAAACGAGAAUCCGAAAUUGAAGAUACCUUGAAUCAAAUCUACAACGAUGGCCAGAAAGCCAUUGCUGAUAAACGAAAAGAGAUUCAUACAAAUAAGCAUAAGGUUCGCGAUAACACUCAUCUUCUACAAAGACGUGUUGAGUUAGAAAAACAACUUCUGGAACAAGAGGUAAAAAAUCGACAGAAAGCGUUCGAAGAAAAGAAACUCAAUGAAGAUACGAAGGAACGGGAACGUAUUGAAGCUGAGAGGCAGCUCAAGGUAGCUAGAAUCCAGGCACAUAUUGAGGAAAUUGAAUGGAAGAAACAAAACGAUACAGAGAAAAGCGCGCUAGAGCGUAAAGACAUUGCUGACCGCGAAAAGAACGUCCUUGUAACCUAUGCUUAUGAUCGACACAGAGUAUCGGAUAGAACCACCAAAGCACACGCGCAACGCAAGUUGUUAUUGGAUCAAAUCGAAGAACGUGAAACUCGUGAGAAAACAGAAGCUGAUACUCGAGCUGAGCUGGAAUAUAUGCGGAAUAGUGCCGAAAAGGAAAACAAACAUUUUUUGAAGUAUGCCGACGAACUUGUAAAAGAUUCCAAAGCAAAAAGCCGACCUGUACUCCCGCUCUUGAAAACGGUGGAAAAUUAUAAACGGGAGCAUUAUUUUGAUUUUAGAGAAAAAGAAGUUACACCGAGGCAUCUCGUGUCUCGUGUACCAAUCAACAACAAACUUGUUGAACAGCAGCAGUACCAGAAUGGCCUACAAGAUCCGGCUAUAAUUGCGAUGACUCCUGCGAUGCCGCCAAUUCGAGUUCGUUACGACCCAGAGCAGUUAAAAAAGAUGAAUCCCUACAAGCCUUACAAAAUGUGAGCAGCACAAACAUGACAUAAAUUUUGACCUACUUUCUAGUAAGAGUUCUUAUGAAACCUGUAAACCACGUAAGGCUGAACUAAAAAUAACAUACAAUAACAAGAUACAGAAUAAUUUCUCAUGUUUAUUGAAAAAUUUUAUACAAAAAUAAAUUGUCGAUUCGGCUAUCUUAUCAAAACUA